UACCAGAAUCAACAUACAAAGUCAAAGAAGAAGAUAAAAUGGAAUUAGAUAAUAAUCAACAACAACAAAUAAAUCAGUUAAUAGAAGAAUAUAAAGACCUAUUUGAUAUUUCUGAAUUUG